AUGGCCGAAACGAGGAUUGUCGUACUGGGCGCCGGCGUGGUGGGCCUCACCACCGCCCUACAAUUGUCCAAGAACAGCGGUUACGAUGUGACUGUUGUCGCGAAGCACAUGCCCGGUGACUACGACAUCGAAUACGCUUCGCCCUGGGCCGGUGCCAAUUACCUCCCCGUCGGCGCCCCUGGCUCGAACCUUGCAGAAUUCGAGAAGAACACCUGGCCGGAACUGCAACGGCUGGCCUCAACCGUGCCGGAGGCGCAUAUCCAUUUCCAGGAGACCGUCUUGCACAACCGCUCCAAGGAUGUUGGGACGACAGUUGGCAACUGGUUCUCGGAAUUGCUCAAGACCGAUCCGUGGUGGAAGGACGUGGUCCCUGAUUUCCAUAUCAUCUCAAAGGACAAGCUACCCGAGGGGAUCGACUCGGCCACCGCUUUCACCUCCGUCUGCAUCAACACGGCGCUCUACCUGCCCUGGCUCGCCGGUCAGUGCCGCAAGAAUGGCGCACAGAUCCGGCGGGGCGUCGUAGGGCACGUUGCGGACGCGGCGGCGCUCCACCACAGCGGCAAGCGCGCCGACAUCGUCGUCAACUGCACCGGCCUCUCCUCGCUCAAGCUGGGCGGCGUGGCCGACACCAAGCUGUACCCCGGCCGCGGCCAGAUUGUGCUGGUGCGCAACACGCCCGGCGUCAUGACCAGCACGUCCGGCACCGACGACGGCGAGGACGAAGCCGUGUACAUCAUGCAACGUGCUGAUGGCGGCGGCACCAUCCUAGGCGGCUGCAUGCAGAAGAACAGCUGGGAGUCUCAGCCGGACCCCAACCUCGCGCAGCGCAUCAUGAAGCGCGCCGUUGAGCUGUGCCCGGCGCUGACAGACGGCAAGGGUCCCGAGGCGCUGUCCAUCAUCCGGCACGGCGUCGGCCUACGGCCAAUGCGCGAGGGCGGCCCGCGGGUCGACAAGGAGCGCGUCGAGGGCGUCUGGACCGUGCACAAUUACGGACACGGCGGCUAUGGCUACCAGGCCAGCUACGGCUCCGCGUACGCGGCCGUGAAGCUGGUCGACGAGAUUGCCAAGUCGAAGGCGAAGUUGUGA